ACCUCUCCUCUGGUAGGUUCCACAAUGGUACAGCCAGCAUCUUGCAGCACAAUGGUUGCAAGACGGUGAGCCGAGGGUGAUUCAGCAUCGCAAUUUCUGCUUUAACCCCCUUUAUUUUAAUCGGUGGCUAUUUAUUUUUUAUAUCUUCACAUUCAAGUAUCUUUGCGAUACGAAGCUCUUGAAUCUCGCCCGUCGGAAUGUUUUGAACAGGACUGUCACCGGACUAGGAUUGUCGUCAACUGGCACGGAAUGGUAUUUAUGAGCCGACAUUUCUUAUAUUACUGCAGUGAACCAAUCCUGGAUGUGAAGAUUGCCUUUUGUCAGGUGUGUGUUCCUUACAGGUAAAAAAGGGGUUUGGUAAACAAGUGGAUGUGUCGUAUAUCGCCAAGCAUUACAAUAUGAGCAAAAGCAAAGUGGACAACCAGUUCUACAGUGUGGAAGUAGGAGAUUCUACCUUCACAGUUCUCAAACGGUACCAGAAUCUAAAACCUAUUGGAUCUGGGGCUCAGGGAAUAGUAUGUGCUGGAUACGAUGCCGUCCUUGACAGAAAUGUGGCUAUCAAGAAGCUCAGCAGACCUUUUCAGAACCAGACUCACGCCAAGCGAGCUUACAGGGAGCUGGUUCUUAUGAAAUGCGUCAAUCACAAAAAUAUAAUCAGCUUAUUAAAUGUUUUUACACCACAGAAAUCUUUAGAGGACUUCCAGGAUGUAUACCUGGUCAUGGAGUUGAUGGAUGCCAACCUUUGUCAGGUGAUUCAGAUGGAGCUUGACCAUGAGCGAAUGUCCUACCUGCUGUACCAGAUGCUGUGUGGCAUCAAACAUCUGCACUCUGCAGGGAUCAUUCACAGAGACCUGAAACCGAGCAAUAUAGUGGUCAAGUCUGACUGUACACUGAAAAUCCUGGACUUUGGCUUGGCCAGGACUGCGGGCACGAGCUUCAUGAUGACCCCCUAUGUGGUGACGAGGUAUUACAGGGCCCCAGAGGUUAUCCUGGGCAUGGGCUACAAGGAGAACGUGGAUAUAUGGUCAGUGGGAUGCAUUAUGGGAGAAAUGGUCCGCCACAAAAUCCUGUUUCCAGGAAGGGACUACAUCGACCAGUGGAACAAGGUGAUUGAGCAGCUGGGCACGCCCUCCCCAGAAUUCAUGAAGAAGCUGCAGCCCACCGUGCGCAACUAUGUGGAGAACCGGCCCAAGUACGCCGGGCUGACCUUCCCCAAGCUCUUCCCCGACUGCCUUUUCCCCGCAGACUCGGAGCACAACAAACUGAAAGCCAGCCAAGCCAGAGAUCUCUUGUCGAAGAUGCUGAUUAUUGAUCCUGCCAAACGGAUAUCUGUGGACGAAGCCUUACAGCACCCCUACAUCAAUGUGUGGUACGAUCCAGCUGAAGUGGAGGCGGCCAGAGAUCUCGUCCAAAUAUCCAUGCCCCCUCCGCAGAUCUAUGACAAACAGCUGGAUGAGAGAGAACACUCUAUUGACGAGUGGAAAGAGCUAAUCUACAAAGAAGUGAUGAACUUUGAGGAGAAAACGAAAAAUGGCGUGGUGAAGGGACAACCCUCUCCUUCAGGUGCAGCCGUGAACAGUAGCGAGAGCCUCCCUCCAUCCUCCUCCGUCAACGACAUCUCCUCCAUGUCCACCGACCAGACCCUGGCCUCCGACACCGACAGCAGCCUGGAGACUUCUGCAGGACCCCUCGGGUGUUGCAGGUGACUAGCCGCCUGCCUGCGCAACCCAAUGUUCUUCAGAAGGUGAAGUGCAACAGAAAACUAAACAAAAAACGGGGGGAAAAAAACAACAGUUAAGGAAACCGAAUAAAACUAAAUGAAUCAAAGCCUGCAGUUUCACUCUAAAGAAAAACAUGUAUAAGGGAAAAAAAUAACAAAAGAACAAAAAAGCUGAAAUGUAUAUUUAUAAACCUCUAGUUGCUUUGCUUAUAUCUUCCCCCUCAUACAGCAAAAAGAAAAAAGAAAAAAAAAACGUUACAAAAUGCUUAGACGGGCAUCUUUCUGUAAAGUGUAAAUUUACUGGCUGAUAACCAACACCUCUGUAAGCUUCUGUGCUGUUUGAUGUGGCAAGGUGAGCCUUUCUGUUCAUGAAUACAUGAGCAUCCCCCGCAUUUCCCCCAUGUUACAGUACUAAUAGUUGAUAAUGUUGCGGAUUGGUUCUGAGACAGAUUGGCGUGUUUGUGUGUGAUUAUCCUUGGGGCAGGCUGACACAGCGGCCGGUUUUAUUUUUGUAUAUAUGUAAUUCUGUACAGCUGCAGGGCACCUUGAGUGGGACUGAUGGCCAGUAUUGGAAGUUUUUGCGCACCUUGCCACAUCACCAGUUUGACCUGAGUUGCCCUUGCCUGUAGUCCUGCAUGACUAAAGAAAAAUGCUAAUUAUAUGAUAAAUAAGUAUAAAGACUUUUGUUUUUUAAACCAUGUAAGCAAUUGAACUUUUCGACCUGGGUUGUGAAAGUGGGAGUUCUGGCAAUGGAUUACGCAAGCUGCAGGAAGCAAUGGUGAAUACUGUCACUGUCACUGGUGAGCUCAGUCCUUUUUUCUUUUGGUUUGUUUUUAUUUCAUUCUAUUGUAGCUGCUUGUGUUUGUAAAAAAAAAUCCUCUGCUUCACUGCACUGCUACACUGGCCGUCACACAUUUCUGCAUGCCAUGAUGUCAUAACAUGAGGUGUGGUCACCUCUGUGGAUGAUCUCCUUUGCCACACCGAUUUGGAGAAAGGAAUGACUGUAACCUUAUAGGCAUGCUAUACUGAGAAAGGCACAGAGCAACUUUUGAGCAAGCGCAGAGAUGAGAAAAGCUGACCUCAUUACCAGAUGCAUUGGAUUCUGCAGGUUACAAUGAAGCUUUUGCCACAUAUUCUCACCGUACCACUUUUUUUGUUCUAUCAUUUGUUUGUUUUAUAGAAAGGGAAACAAGUACAGUACACAGACUACCUAAAAUCAGAAGAACAGAUGGUUUUAUUUUUACUUUACUUAUUUAGAAAAAAAAACAUUUGGCAAGUGCCUUUGAAAUACAGUUUUCUGAUCCCAAACUGCUUUGCAAGAAUCAACAGAAAAGAAACUGGGACUGGAAAUGAGCCAUUAAAUGUGGCUGAUUCAGUCAUCCAAGUCAUCCAAUAUAGAAAGUAAACGUAAGACAGUCACUGGCUCUGUAGCUCUAAUGGAUGUGGGUAUGGCACAGUCAAAGGAACAUGGCAGCCACAUGCUGUUUCUCACCAAAAGCAUGACAGUACGAUAUAGCCUAGCAGUAUGCAGCUUUACCUGCCCAUAUGCUGUUACCCACUUCACAUUUGGUAUCAUACAGUAGUACCUUCAUCUAUAAUCACUUCACUCCGGAAUAUUCAUUCUGUCGGCUUGACCUUCAAAUAACCAUUAUUUUCAUGUGUAUGGUGACAGUUAUCAUAUAAAUGUAUAGCAAUUUCCAAGUUUCAGCCAAUCAUAAUAUUUUCGUUAUGUUGUUCUGCAUUUGUAAUUCAUUAUGGGUCAUUGUUUUAUGACUGUUUAUUCAACUUUAAAAAGAGAUUACUUUUUCAGAAUCAUUAUUUGUGAUUUAUUAUGUUUGACUCAUUCGUAGGACUGCUGUUAAAAACAAUUCAACUGGGGAAGACACUAAGCAUAGGGAAAUUUGACAGACUCAUGGAAUGCUUCAGAAUUGCCUUCUUUAAAAAUUGAUUCUGUUUAGGCUGCAAGACAUAGCUGUCAUUGUAAUGUUUAUAUGCUGAUAUGUUUGAUGUCAGACAGAGACUAUUGUUAUAACUUUGUAAACGUCUUAACAUUCAUUUUGUGGUUUAAACCACAUAAUAUUUUUGCCAUAAAUGUUUUGAGCCCCAGCACAGUACCAUGGCGCACACUUAGUAAUCAGAUGUCGUUCUUUGCUUUAAGCACACUUUGUGAGGUAAUUUCUGCACUCCCUGGUAAUAGAACAUAUUGUAAUGUUUGUUUAGAGGUGUUUGCAGCGUAGGGCUUAUAUGUUCAGUGGGCAACAGAUUUGAGAAUUUACAGGUCACAGGGUUUAGAUUCAUCUGUCAUUCCAUUAUUUUACAAUGAAGUUAGGGAGAACAUUUUUUUUUUUUUGCUUUUGUUCAAAGCUUGCCAUUAAGAAAGAAUAUUAAAUGUGCAUGACCAAUGAACUUGAGUUGCAAGUCCAUCCCAAUAUCUCUGUGCAAAACAGUUUGAUAUUGGGAACAUUAUAUUCCAUUUUUGGUUUCAUCUUGUCAAAUCUGAACUCAUUUCAAUUAAUUGUGUCUGAACCAGGCAUUCUUUACAGUGAUAGGAAUGCCGAUGUAGAACUUGAGAGAUAAAAUCUUGUCCAGCAAAUGAAAAUUGAAAAGGAGAUUCUAUACCUAAUUUGCAUAUGCACAAAAAAUAAUUUUAAUCAUUCUUGGGGGUUCGAUAGAAACAAAAAAGCAACUAAAUUAAUCAUUAAAUGGAACAAUAUCAGCUAUAUGUAUGCACACACACACACACACACACACACACACUCACCAAUUCAUUAUUUUUGUCAAUAGAUUCAGGAAGCCGGUAUUUGAGCUGCAAGAUUUAUUUAUAACAUUAAACAGAACAUGUGUAGAGGUACACUGCAACAGAUUAAAUCCAACUCUUCUUUCUUGGAAGUCACAGCACAGAUAUGAACAUGUGUAAUGAAGAUGAACAUAGUACGUAUGACUUUAAUGUAUUGCAUGAAAGAAGUCUUUUUUAUUUAGAUGAGGUUGUAAAAAACAACAUGACCCCCUCGCUAAUGUAAUUAUCAUGUCUUGAAGGUUUUCAUCAGAGGAACAUAGAAAUGAAUCAAGCUCUGUUUUAGACAGUUGUAAGCAAAAAAGCUUACAAUUUCUUCUACAGAAUAGUUUGAGAUAGUACUGAAAACAAACCCAACAAUUCCUGAACUUUUGUUUGAAUAUGUAUCGCCCAUAAAAAAAGGUUCAUUUGUCCCCACUGGCAAUUUUUUUCAUAUUUAUUUUUCAUGUUUCAUAUGCAUGAUUAUGUCUUGCCUAACAAAUCUAUUGUGCACUUGUAAUUAUUCUAAGAGGCCACAGAAAGAGUGGUUAUGCAGAUGUAGCCUAAAAAUGUUUCUAUUUUUGCUCUCUUCCACACUAUCCUGCAUUACGCAAUAGUUCAUCGAAUGAGAACGGUCCCUUAAAGCGUCAGCAAUGGCAAUUUAACACUUAUGGUGUAAUCUGAAAUUGGAUGACAGGUUUCUUUUCACAAAAAGACAAGACACAGCCAUUUAUAAAUUCAUGGUGAGAAACUAACUGGCUUCUUCAUAAUGUUGCUGAUGUUACCAGAGAUAAUUUAACUGGUCUCAAGUGGGCUAAAAUGAGACCAAACCCAUUCAACUCCAUUAGUUUUUUUUAAAGAGGUCACCUUUUUACAGUGUGAUACACAUCUUGACCCAAGUAUCUUGCAUUCAGGUCAUGGGUACUUUAUUGUGUUGGUUAUGUAGAAUAUCAGAAAGCUGUUUGGACUAAGCUUGGGGGAGGUCCAUUAAACAAUAUAUUGUGUAAAAUGGGGUAAAAACCAUAGAACUGCUCAGGUAGAUGUUUUUGAUUUAUUCAUAUUCAUUUGUUAAGUUUCACAUUUCACUGGUUAAGCAUACCAACCAUUUGGACUUGUAAUCCCAUUAAUUUUGAUCAGGAUAACCAAGCCAUUGUUAUUGCAUGGAAAAUAGCUGCAGCAUAACUGUAGAUAAUAUUUUCAUAAAUCAGACAUGGUAUAAUCACAAUGGUAAUAUAGAUAAAACAUUUCAGUAAUACCUUUGGAACACUUUGAGGCAAGUAUGGCACAUGUCACAUAUGGUUCAGAUGGCCAGUGUGUUCAAAGAACAAACAGGGGUCACUCAGAAGUUCCAGAGAGCUGCUCGGCCUAUUUGCAAAGGGACUGGGAGAGAUUAAGAAAUGGGGUAAAUGCAUUACUUUUGAUUCCGAUUGCUUUAAUGCUAAUUAUUCAAAAUUCAUCAUUGAUCUGCAUUGAAAAAAUAGCUUCUACUUCAAAACAAAGGCCUGUCAACCAGUCUACUGGUGAGUUUGAUGUGCUAUUGUACAUUUUAUACAGGACAUUUUUAACUGGUAGAACCCAUGUGUCUUUAGGCACGGGAAGACACUUAGGGUUUAUUCUGAAUUAGAUUGUCAUGGAGGUUUGAGUCUCUCAGCAACAGAAAUACAGUCAUACAGGGAUGGUUUGAAAUGCAGUAGCUAUAAGGUUUUUUAAAAACUUUUUUAAGAAUCCUAGACUGUCAAUAAAACAAACAUAUUACCUUAACCAUUUUUUCCAGACAUUAAUUAAGGUGCUUUGGGAAUGUAUAUUUUCUACAAUCUUUAUUCUCUCAAAGGAAAUGCAUGGCAGCAACAUCAUACCUAUUGUGGAGGCUCAGCAGUGAAUGUACAUUGUAGUUUCUAUGCUGCAAUAUUUUUUGCUGCUUUGCUUGAUAUAUAUGGCUAGUGAAGUUAGCAUUCGUAACUGACAUCCUAAGAAACUAAAUUUGAUUUUGCGUGGCACAGGAACCAGGUAAUUAAGGUAAUUAUUUGUAAACCAAUUGCUGUUUUACUUCAUUUUAGUUUAUUUUUUGUUUUUAGUGUGCAUUGAAGGACAACCAGACUUGGUAUGCUCUAUUCAUUUAUUCUUUCAAGGAGUCCAUUUUAAAAUAUUCUCUGGAGUUAACAUGUGCUCUUGUCUAAUCUUGAUGUGUAAUUGUCUACAACAGGAUGACAUGGCUCCAGCAUGUAAACUGGAAUAAAAAGUACAUCAGUUUUUCUUUAAAACUAGAUUUAGAAGCAUAUAUCUUUGUGUCAUUUCCAAUUCACAGAUGAGAAUAAAAUGGGUUAAAAAGGAAGCAUCAUUUUGGAGCCUUAGUUUAAUCAUAAAUCACGGUCUGCCUUCUGUUUUCUUUCCUUGUCUGUGAAUAAACUACAGUCAAUUGUAAUUUCAUUAUUGAUAAACAUCAAAAGUAUAGUAAACAUGUGCAUGUUUUUGAGACAAGCAAUUCAGCCAGUAAUACCUAAGGCUUUCCAUACCAUUGCUUUAUUCUCUUCAACAGUACUGCCGUUGUACUAACGGAAAGGAAUCUUUCUCAAGUCAUAUUUGCCCAUCAUCUCUGUGUUAAAACUCUCACUAUAUCACUUUAGUCAUCCCUGCCAAUCACACAGGUCAUUCAACACACAACAUACCAGCAGUGCAAGAAAUUUCAAUGGUCUCUCUCUCUCUCUCUCUCUCUCUCUCUCUCUCAAAAACAUCAUGGUGCAAAAACAGACAUUUGGGUAGGUAGGAUGAUGAGUGGCUUUCCCUUACAGAUGAAAACUAUAUGAAAAACUGUAAAGUUGGAUUAUAAAGGCUAGAGGGUUUUGUUUUUGUUUUGUUUCAAAUAAAGUGGGAUUUCUUUGAAUUUUUUUCAUAUUUUCUGUACUGUCAGUGAAUCAUUCUGUUAAGAUGUGAGACUGAAAUGUCUGUUUUUGGUUCAUACAGCAGUUCUUUGUAAAGUCUGACAGUUUAUUCAAUCUCCAGCUCCAGGUUAGUGUUUCAAUCCAAUAAACUGAAUUAAACAAAUGGUUAAAAAAAACAACAGAAAACUUAAGCACUCAACAUUUUAAAGGUACUGUGUAUGUAAAAAUAAAUAUAUGUAUGUGACUGAAAAUAAAAAGAAACUUUGACCUUG